AACUUCUGGGAAAAGCAUUCUUUGAAUGACUUUUCUUAAAUUAUAGCCAGAAAAUACCUCUUCAUUUUUCCCCAGACACUUUUUUUUAGUCAGUUCUUCAUCUUGACAUUGUGACGUCUAACAAUGGCCAACGGUGGAAUACAACUGCUGGGCUUCACGCUGGCCUUCCUGGGCUUCAUCGGAUCCAUCGCCGCCACAAUCAUGGUGGAGUGGAAAGCUUCAUCCUACGCUGGAGACAACAUCAUCACCGCUCAGGCUCUCUAUGAAGGACUGUGGAAGUCGUGUGCGUCGCAGAGCACUGGUCAGAUCCAGUGUAAAGUCUAUGAUUCUCUGCUUCAGCUGCCAGCAAUCGUGCUGGGAACCCGAGGCCUGAUGCUGGCAGCCAUUCUGCUCUGUCUCAUUUCCAUCUUGGUGGCGUGUGUCGGCAUGAGGUGCACCACCUGUUUGGCUGACCAGCUGCAGCAGAAGGACAAAGUGGCGCUGACUGGAGGGGUGAUCUUCAUCAUAGCUGGUCUGCUGGCUCUGGUCGGAACCUCAUGGUACGGUCACAGAAUAGCGCAGGAUUUCUACAACCCGUUUACCCCAACAAACGCCAAGUAUGAGUUUGGAAGCGCCCUCUACGUGGGGUGGGGCUCAGCCGUCCUCAUCAUGAUCGGAGGAGGCUUCCUCUGCUGCAACUGCUCUGGACAGGACUCGGGAAGAGGUCCACGCUACCCCAAGUCCCACCCUGCCAGCCAGCCGGCCAAGGACUACGUAUAAAUAUAUACUGUUGAUGUUGUGUUUCUCUCUCUCGCUGAGCUUUUUUGUUUGUUUUUUAUGAUUUUUUUUGUGAUGGUAACUGGUGAAUCAAUUAAACAUUGUAAUAAUUGUAAAAUAAAAAGGUA